AUGAAGUUCAUGAAUGGAGAUAAAGAGAAAAAAGGCCACCAGGCCGCCGAUUUCGAGAAACAGGUCGAGAUUUUACAGCAGCAACAAGCAGACGGAACGUUCGUCCCACCGACUUCAGAAGAAGAACAGAAAGUCAUCAGAAAACUGGACUGGAGGUUACUGCCCUUGGUGUUUGUACUCUAUUCGCUCGCAGUACUCGACCGCUCGAACCUUGGCAAUGCCAGACUCGCAGGAAUGGAGGAAGACAUCGACAUUUCCGGCAACAGAUACCAGCUUCUUGGAACCAUCUUCUACAUCGCGUACAUCUUGUCGCAAUGGACGCUAAUCGGCUGGAAACAAUUCAAACCCAGCCAAUUUUGUGCCUUCACGGUUAUGUUCUGGGGCUUCGUAGCAACGAUUCAAGCUGCGGCGUUCAACUGGGGAGGUCUCAUGGCUUGCCGCUUCUUUUUGGGUGUAUCUGAAGCAAUGUUCGGACCAGGAGUUCCUCUCUAUCUGACAUACUUCUAUCCUCGAGAGAUGGUCGGCUUCCGACAUGGAGUAUUCGUCAGCGGAGCGGCAAUGGCGAACGCUUACGGCGGAGCUCUGGCAUAUGGAAUCAGUCAAAUCCGUGGAUCUAUCGCGCCUUGGAGAAUCCUUUUCUUGAUUGAGGGCUUGCCUACCUUGGCCGUCGCAGUCGUCGCGUGGUUCUGCCUACCGGACAGCAUCAGCACUGCCCCGUUCUUGAACGACAGAGAGAAGCAAGUCGCGCUUCACUUUGUGGCUCGCAACCAGAAACUCGACGUUGGAAACGAACGAGGUGUUCGAUUCAAGGAGAUGUUCGAAGCCUUCAAAGAUCCCAAGUCGCUUCUUCCAGGACUGAUGUACUUUGGCUGCAACGUCUCCUUCGCCUCCCUCCCACUCUUCCUCCCAACAAUCAUCAGCGAAAUGGGCAGCUUCUCUCGCAUCCAGUCCAACGGACUCAGUGCCCCACCAUACAUCUUCUGCUUCUUCGUCAUCAUCCUUUUCUGCUUUCUCUCCGACCGCUUCAAAGUUCGGGGACCCUUCGUCUGCCUCGCAGCCACGAUCGCUGCAAUCGGCUUCAUCAUCAACGCAACUACAACCUCCACCGGUCCUCGCUACUUCUCCACCUUCUUAUCUGUUUGCAUAUUUGCCUCGGUCGCGCUUCUUCUGGCCUGGACAGCAAAUAUCCAUACCACGGAAUCGAAGCGCGGAGGAGGUUAUGUCAUUUUGGCGACAAUCGGACAGUGCGGACCUUUACUCGGCACGAAUAUCUUUCCGGAGUCGGAUAAGCCGUUCUACAGAACGGGCUUGUGGACGAGUGCGGCGAUGUGCUUAAUGGUCGCGGUACUGUCUGUCAUACUGUCGCUCUGGAUCAUCUACGAGAACAGGAAGAUGGCGCGAGAAGGUGUGCCGGAGAACCAGGAGUUCGAAGAAACGAGUUUGGGUGUACAGGGCGAGGGUCAGCAGCAACGAAGACAGAGAAUCGUGUGGUAG